UCUUCCAACUCAAGCAACCGAGAGGGAGAAAGAUUUGAUCGAUAAAUAUAACCGUUGCAUUAUCUCAAUGAAAGUGACCUCUGUUGACCGCCAACCCGAAAAAAGCGGUUAAGGCGCGCCCAAACUGCGAGACAUAGGUUUACCUCAUUCAUCCAAUGGUUCAAGCCCAACCCCUGUUUUAAACAAAACACCAAUUUUCAAAUAUAAUAAAAAUAAUAAUAAACUUUGAACCCUAAAAAUUUCUAUCAAAUUGGAAAAAACAAACAACUUGCCAUAUCUAAUCGAUAGCCAAUCUUCCAAUCGUGCAAUUCGAGAAGAAGAUCAUAGAAAUAGUGUGGCAGAAUCCAGCGUUGGUCAUAAUAGGAGAGACCGGUUCGGGAAAAAGCACUCAGCUCUCUCAUAUGCUCCACCGAUUCCGGAAUCGUCGCCGUCACUCAGGCCCGCCGCGUCGCUGCCGUCUCCGUUUCCAGGGGUAUGACAUCUUAAUAUUCAUGAUUGGACAGGAUGAUAUAGAGAAGUUGGUAUCAAAGCUGGAGAAUAGAGUUCGAAGUCUAAAUGAAGGCUCCUGCAUGGAUGCCGUAAACCUUCUCUCCAUGGUUCCUUGCCACCUCAAAUGCAGGUAUGCUUUCCUUUUCAGCUUUUCUUUUCCUCCAUCAGGAAAGUGAUUUUUCGAUUUUUAUCAACAAUAUUGGCACAAUCGAUUCUCCUUUGCACCAUUGGAAAUGAAAUUAAUUUAAGCUACAUUGUCUUGGAAUGAUAUUAAUGGUUUUGAAUUUGCAUAAUUAUGACCCAACAGUUGCGUGUAUUCAGUCCUCCACCUCCAAACCGUAGGUGUUUUUUGUUGUCACAAACAUGGCUGAAACUUAUUUGACAGUUGAUGGUGUUGUGUAAGCAAACUUGAUACGUAAAAUGUUGCUUGAUAUUGUUUGUCUUUGUAUUUGUUUUUCUUUCUCCUUCUGAAUAGAAGAUAGUGUAGACAAUGAAUUGCAUGGGUACUACUAAUGUGUACAAAAUAUCCUUAAUUUUGAUCUUUAUUAACCAACCUUUUUCCUACUUAAUUUGCCAAGAUUAUGUGAAUAUUUCUGCUCUUAGCAAAGCAAUUAUUAUAAUGUCAUGAUUAUGUAUGUUUUGAAAUAAAAAUGAAGAAUUAACAAAAUGGCCAAAUAUAAACCAGAAG